CACUGCUGUUCUCGUCACGGCUGGUCGCCAUAUUAAACCUGACGGAAUCGGCAACGCUCCGCGGUAGGGAUCGCGAGGGGCCCCUCUCCAAAACAAAUCCCGAUUUACACUUUCAUUCCCCCUAAUUCACCCAGGGAAUUAUUUAUGCAUCGGACCGAAUAAGUCAGUCUUUUCUCAGACGGGAGUUGUCUGGGAAGGAGGUUUAGUUUUAGUGUUGAGAUGAGUACUUUGACCCAGCGAAGCUCCGGCCUGGUGCAAAGACGCACCGAGGCUUCGCGCAGCGCUGCGGCCGCAGACAGAGACCGCGGAUCCGGCGACGAGGACUACGAGCCCCGGCGUGCAGACGAGCAGGACGACGAUGACAGCGGCGAUUCCAAGGAAACCAGACUGACCCUGAUGGAAGAAGUGCUGCUGUUGGGCUUGAAAGACCGCGAGGGAUACACCUCCUUCUGGAAUGACUGCAUUUCAUCAGGCCUGCGGGGCUGCAUGCUCAUUGAGCUGGCCUUACGAGGGAGACUGCAGCUGGAGGCCUGUGGCAUGAGGAGGAAAAGCCUGCUUGCCCGGAAGGUUAUUUGUAAGUCUGAUGCUCCGACGGGGGAUGUGUUGUUGGAUGAGGCUCUGAAACACAUAAAAGACACUCAACCGCCCGAAACCGUGCAGAGCUGGAUAGAGUUACUGAGCGGUGAGACAUGGAACCCGUUGAAGCUUCACUAUCAGCUGCGUAACGUCCGAGAGCGCCUGGCUAAGAACCUCGUAGAGAAGGGCGUCCUCACCACCGAGAAACAAAACUUUCUUCUGUUCGACAUGACUACACACCCCCUCACCAAUAAUAAUAUUAAGCAGCGCCUUAUUAAGAAGGUGCAGGAGGCCGUACUGGACAAGUGGGUGAACGACCCCCACCGAAUGGACAAGCGUCUUCUGGCCCUUAUAUUCCUCGCCCAUUCCUCUGACGUACUAGAGAACGCGUUCGCCCCGCUGCUGGAUGACCAGUACGAUCUGGCCAUGAAGAGAGUACGACAGCUGCUGGACCUGGAGCCCGAGGGCGAGAGCAUGAAGAACAACACCAAUGAGCUGCUGUGGGCUGUGGUGGCCGCCUUCACCAAAUGAAGCGGCUUCUGUGCGAUGAAAUGUAAAACGGUCAGACUGGCAAAAUCCGCUUUUGAGAAUUGGUUGACCUGGUGUGUCAAAACGGGAGUCUCAAGUUUUCUUUCCUUGUAGAUAUUCCUUCCUCGCUAAUCUCUCUGCAAGAUCUAUGAUUGGGUUUCUCGUUGUUUUUUUUUUUUUUUGAUAAGGGGACCGCUUUAUUUUGUCCUCGUCGAAUGCAACUGGGUACCUUCCCACCGUGGACCGUUGGAACGUUUACCAUUUGCAUCGCCACGCGAAAUGGCUUUUUUAAAAUUCUUUUCUCGUCUAGACAGCUGCGUCGGGUGCCUAAUAGAUUUUUUGCAAUUGGAGAACUAAGCAAGCCCCUUGUUAUCCGUUUUGUGCGUUUAAUUAAAACUGAUCAAUCUGCGUGUGGUACGACUCAACAGAUGCUAAAGAAAUAAAGUACACUGCAGUGCAUCAUCAUUAUUAUUAUUAUUUUUUUGCCUUCAUGCUAAUAAUGAAGCCUGAAAAGAAACCAAAAAGGAUAAUAUCCUGGUAUGAUAACAGAUUAGUAGUUUAUGGCAAAAGGUAGUGCUAACAGUGCGUCACAUUCAAACAUUAUUAAAACACAACUAAAUGCUAAAUUUAGGGAUGAGUUCAGGCUGUUAGAGGACCUGUCCAGUAUUUGCUGGAUCUAUUAUACGUUUUUUUUUUUUUUAUUAUCAUUCCCUCCGAUUCCCUCGAUUCUUUCCGUUCUGUCCAUAACACCCCACAACUUCAAUUUCUACCUCUUCACACAUUUAUUGUGGCGAUUUCUCAUGAGAGUUCUGAUUUAUUUAAAUGUACUUUAAUGUGCCUGAGAUUGGUUACAGGACGUGUAGCUCUCAAGGUGCAGUAGCUCUUCGUGACGUGGCAUUAAUGGAGCUAGAUUCAGAAAUUGGUUGUAACUCAUUUCCUCAGAGGCCUCAUAACCUUUGUAUAUGCUACCAAACACUAAAUUGGAGGACCACGAGAGUUUCAUUCUAAGAAGUCUGCUCUCUGAAAAUAAAGAUACGUAUGGCGUACAGCUUCACUUUCUUUAGAUAUUUUUCCGCUGAUAUAUAAAAGUACUCACGGUCAAAAGGGAAGUUUUAUGGCGGAGUUUUGAAUGUCAUACACUUUUCACUUCAUGUACUCAUCAAAAAACAUCAUAACCUUUCAAAAUUUGACUUUUAUAUGUAAGAACAGAUUCCUCCAUUUUCUCAAGUCAGUAUAUUUUUGAUAGUAUGUUAUUAUAAUUAGCUGAUUGGACCUAGUAUGGUAGGAUGGAUUGGCAUUCUGUCACAAUCUAGUUUAAUCUGUAUAGUUUAUGUAUUCAUACUGCAUACCAUAUGAGCAAACUCUGUAUCAAUCUUCAUUUUGCCUGGCAUGUAAAAGCUAGCUCGAGCAUGUCUUAAUUGUUUUUUUUUUGUUUGUUUUUUUUACACUAUGAAGAUGUUGAAAAAGCCUUUGUUCAAUGAUCAUAUUUCAAUGUUUAGUUGUCAUUUUUAUUCUUUUUUUUUUAUAGCAAUAAUUUCAAAAAUCAACAUGCUUUUGUUUUGCUGUUCAUUUCUUUCAAAAUGAUGGUAAAAUGCUUGCCUCACAAUAGUUAAUUGUAUGUAGCGAUGGUCUGGGAAAUCCACCAAUUGUUUGGAAGAGUCGACUUGAGACAUGGGGAAUUUUUGAAGCGUCUGAAAGUGUCUCAGAGUGAAAGAAAAUUAAAAUCGUGUGUAGCUUUAGAACUCACUAUAAAGGGACCCCAAUGUAUAUACUUUCUUAUUACCAUGAAAUAAACUAUGGUCUUGAAAGUGCCUCAAACAUCAGCUGUUAUUUAUUUUGUGAAGAAGCAAGUGCUGCUUUUGAUGCAUCAGGUUUGUUAAAUCACUUUUAAUACUGUUAAUAUAACAAAUUCAGACAAAUGCCAUAAAUGAACACAUCCGUAAAUACUGUAAGUUAUGUUUUUGUACUAAAACGAUAAUUGGUCGUUUUAGAAUGUAAUGUAAAUUUAAAUUUGUUUAAUUGCACACUAAGUCUGAAUCUUUUGCAUGUGAAAAAAUAAAUACAACCACGCAUUGCUUCAAUCAAAUUUAUACACAGCCUCCAAAACUUUCAUCUGUCAUUAAAAAAAUUGGAUCGGAUUUGAUUGUCUGUGUUUUAAAGUAGCAAGCAUUUUGAUGGGAAAGGAUGGCAAAU